UAAGCGAGUAGGCCAAUAUGUCUUGUGACCGGUUCGACUGGUUUAUGACCUUCCUUGCACCGGAUAAAAUGGCGACUCUCCGUCGAUCUCUGUGCAAAAUAAACCAGCUUCGUGUAUUAAAUCAAUUGUUUACUGAAUCUAAAUACAAAAGAUUAACCCUUUGCCAUUCUGCAUUGUUAAGAAGUUUGUCUACAAGUGUUCGCUUUUGCAAAGAAAACGAUAAAGAUCCACACACAAAUGAAAAGAAGGUUAAAGACAGUUGUAACAAACUGACGCCAGCAGAAUCAGUGGCAGAAGAAGAUGGCGACAGCAGCAGCAGCUCAAGUAGUGACAGUAGUUCAGAUUCAGAUACUGAAAAAGAAGUCCUAGAUAAAGAGCUGGUGUCUGCUGCAAAGCUGGUGGCAGACCAUCUACCAGGAGAUAAGAAGAAGACAGAGUCUGCCUUGCUUUCAAGACUCCUUGCACAAAAGAAAACUGCUGCUGAACAAAGAGAUGGUAAACCACCUCAGGCAAAAGACGAGUCACAAAAAUUACGCUCCCUCAUGAAGGGUCUAAAGUUUGAUGUGAAGCAAGAACCAAAAGAACAACCAACAACAAAGAGACCCCUUAAAGGGUCCAAGCGUAAAGGUGAUGGAGAUUUCGAGGUGUUAGAAGAGGAGGACAGGGGCCAGUCUAUGAACCUUUUCACAGGCACGCCAUUGGGCAUCUUCAAAAAGGAGACCAUGAAGACGAGAUCAACCUCCAAGAAGAGCCUUCUGGAUAUAGUGGCAGAGGAGCGUAAACUAGAUGUGACAGAAUUCCCCCCGCAUAAUGGCUUUGAAGAGAUGAUACAGUGGACAAAGGAGGGAAAGCUGUGGACAUUCCCCAUCGAUAAUGAAGCAGGCUGGGAGGAAGAGAAGCAGGUGAAAUUCCAGGAGCAUGUUCUGCUAGAGAACCAGAUCCGAGACUUCCCACAGAAAGGACCUAUCCGACAUUUCAUGGAGCUUGUGACUGUGUCUCUGUCCAAAAACCCCUACCUGACAGUGCAGCAGAAACACGAGCAUAUUGACUGGUUUAGACAGUAUUUUAAUGAAAGAAAGGAGAUUUUAGAGGCCAAACUGGGUGCUGAUGGUGUUAUUGGAAGUUCAAAAAAGUCUGGACGUGAAAAGAUUUCUAAGCCUUGAUGGUUUAACUAUGUGGUGAUUUAUACAUAUGUUCAGUCACUGGCUACUAUUAUUUGAAAGUUUUUAUGAUCAUGAUUAAUAAUAAAGUGUUUUGAAUAUUG